GUCCCUUUGGACGUAAUAUGAUGCUGCAGGUGGUGCACGUGGUCUGUUGUUUACUUCUUCCAGGAACACUGGAAGUGCUGCUGGAGAGGAGGGGGAGAGGUGAAAUUGUGAAACAGCUUUCCUGGAUAGAGAUAGUUGCUCAGCAUUUGGAAAGAGAACCGUAGACCGACAUUAACGCCAGGAAAAUCUCGAGCUGAAUUCCCUAAUUUUCCCGUAUUGAACGGCUCUUUAAAACAGCGCGAGACUUCAUCAAUAGAGACUAGAAUGCCUCAGCUUGGACGCCUGUUUUCUCAGUUUCAUCUCAGCUCCAAAGCUUCAGAAAGUUCCCAAGGCAAGAUCCCAAAUCAGACAGCAACACUACCUGACUUUAUACAACAUGUCAGGAAACUCACCGGGAUGAGAAAAGAAGAUAUUUACUGCAAUCUGCGUAUCCCCGACCAGUUUCAGACCGCCAAAGAUGACAUCAACAUUGUUAUCCUCACAGGCCAGGGGAUCUUCUGUAUAGAUGUAAAACCAUGGAGAGGCACAGUGUCCGCUCAAAACCAGAACUGGCAUGUGCAAGUGAAGGAAGAGGACCAAAAUGUUGCCAAUACCUGCAUUGAGCAGAUUGAAGAUCCCCUCAAAGCUAUCAAGACUAAGACGGCUAACUUAUGUGGCCAUUUAAAGAGGAGUGGAGUGUCUGUGCACCAAAGCCUGUUCUUCCCCAGAGUUAUCUUCCUCUCUCAAAACUGCGAGCUGGAUGAGGAGCUGAGGAAGAGGAGGGAGCUGGUCUCCCACAGCCAGAUAGACAGCUUCCUCAGAUCUUUCAGGGAGGGCUACAUAGGCUGGAUAUCGGAUGCACUGACUCCAUCCUGGCUCUCCGGUCAUCUGUCGUACAGGCAGAUGGACUCUGUGCGGGAGGUCCUGAGGAGGGUGGGGACGUGGGAUCUGGUGCGGCUGCACUGUGGCGAGCAGCUGAAAGGAGACUUCCAGGGCUGCCAGUACAUCGCUCUCGACCGACAGGAGACAGACACGCUCGAGUUUACCAGAGUCCAGACCCUGUCAACUGAUUCGCUGUGGGCCCUGCUGGGACACGCUCCUCAGGUAACAGUUCGAAUGUACAAGCGUGGAUCUCAGGGCUGGCUGGGUAAAUCCCUGAACGCCACCACAACUAUCCCCUCCAGCACCUCUGUGAUCUUCAGGAUCAGCGGGGAGGAAGCAGAUGCCAAAAUCCCAGCAAACACCAUUCACAGCAUCACACUCAGCAACUGACGGUGUGUAUCGGUCAAUAAAGGGAAUAGCUGUUACAACAUGCCGCUGUGGGAAAGAGGACGCAUGCAGAUGCAUCAAAGAAAACCUCUUAAUUUAGCUCAAAUCUGUUUUUACCGAGUGACUUUUACUAUGCAGUUUGUAUUUUGUUAUAUUGUACUAAAAACACAAGUUCUGAAUGUCUUUAAGUGGGAAUUUAUUGUAAAAAAAAAAAAAAAAAGAGGCCAAUUUCCCUGAUUCUAUUAACCUCAGUGGCAAUAUUAUGUCAAUGAAGAUGGUUUCAGACAAUUAGCCUGAUUAACUUUCUCUUGUUUUGAAUUUCUAGGGCUGGCCCACACUUUACACCAGCCAUUAAUUAAUCAUUAUGCUAGCUAAUUGUGUCACAUCAGUUCAGGAUUGAAGUGUUUAAUGUGUUAAUUGUGGCAGUUAAAAACUGGUGGCCUCUAGCGCGAUGAGGGCCGAGCACGUUACUGCUUCUGUGGGUUUAAUCGGCAGUGAUUUACGGUCUGUUUAGACGGUGUAACUGUUAGGUGCUUUAUUAAUAUGCUCCACCGCACAGAGGAGAUGAUAACAUAUUCAAGAGCACACAGGCGCAGCCACCAGCACCAUUCAUAACUGUGUCUGAGUCACUUUCCAUCAGUUAUUAGGCUUACUCAGCUGCGCUAACAGCUAGCAAUUGUAUUUACUGUGCCUGGUUGUGGCCAAAAUGAAGUUAUUUCCAUCAAGAUAUCAGUGCCUUUAGCUAAUGCAAUAGAAGGAGCUCUCUGUGUUGAUGGUAUCUCUUUGCAUGGCAUCUCUCUACCUGAAACAUCAUUACACUGUACUCAAGCUCCUUUUUUUUUAAAUGUCUGUUUACUGGUUUACCUGAGGGACAGAUUGUACAAACAGCACUGUGUUGUUUGCAUUUGUAUGUGCACAUUUUGUAGACUCUGGUUCUAUUUCUGAUCUUGGCCAACAUUUGCUUGAAUUUACAAGUGUUCUGGUGAAUGUAUUGUCUUGCAUAUUUAAACUAAAGUACUAAAGAGUGUCCUCAGGAACUGUUUUCUCCACAGGACUUGACAAUCAAUAUUGACAAUAGCAAGACGAUAUGGGAUGAGAAGGAUUUAGAGAAAUUACUAUUCUGAGUGGUGGGUGCAUGCAGGGUAAUAUAAAUGUUUGCUCAUUUAAUUUUAAAACGUCAAGCACUUUCAGUAUCAACUUGAUUGUUAACCAUACUCUUCAGUUGAUUAAUUUAAGCAUAGUUGUUUUAUUUGUGUGUGUGUGUGUGUGUGUGUGUGUGUG